AUGGAUGUAAUCUCCGACUUGACAACAGGUAUUUGUGAGGUCCCAGACGAAGUAAUCUGUCCAGACCUCGGCGAGCUUUUGGCAGGAGAGUCAGAGCAGAGCUCCUACAGCGCAGAGUCUCUAGAAAUCCCUGUUGAAGCGUCUGCAGACAUGGGUCGUCAGGAGGCCGACUAUGUGUGGAAGAAGAGCACUGAAAACAUCCAGGAGGUUUUUGACUUCAUGGAGGAGCUGGGAUCGGGGGCGUUCUCAGAGGUUUACAUGGUGAAGGAGAAGAAGACGGGAAAGAUGUUCGCCAUGAAGUGUGUGAAGAAGAAACAGAAGAGGGACCUCAAUCUGGAGAACGAGAUAGCUGUGUUGAGAAGAAUCAAGCACGAGAACGUUGUGGGGAUGGAGGAUUUCUAUGAAAGUCAGACCCAUUACUACCUUGUCAUGGAGCUAGUUACAGGCGGUGAGCUCUUUGACCGUAUACUGGAUCGGGGGGUGUACUCAGAGAAGGACGCCAGCGCGGUGAUCCAGCAGGUGCUGCAGGCUGUCAGCUACCUGCACCAAAACGGCAUAGUGCACCGUGAUCUCAAGCCGGAGAACAUCCUGUACUACAGCCAGGACGAAAACUCCAAGAUCAUGAUCAGUGACUUUGGCCUCUCAAAGAUGGUUGACAAUGACAUCAUGUCAACAGCCUGUGGCACUCCGGGAUAUGUAGCUCCUGAAGUUUUGGCACAGAAGCCCUACAGUAAGGCAGUGGACUGCUGGUCUAUUGGAGUUAUCACCUACAUCUUACUGUGUGGAUAUCCCCCUUUUUAUGAAGAGAGUGAGACACUGCUCUUCUCCAAGAUCAUGAAGGCACAGUAUGAGUUUGACUCGCCCUUCUGGGAUGACAUAUCUGAAUCUGCUAAAGAUUUCAUCCGUAACAUGAUGCAGAAGAAUCCCAACAUGCGCUACAGCACUGACCAAGCGCUCAGACAUCCCUGGAUUAUCGGAAAGACAGCCCGGAGCCAGGAUAUCUACUAUUCUGUCAGCGUUCAAAUCCAAAAGAACUUCGCCAAGUCCAAGUGGAAGCAAGCAUUCAACGCUGCUGUAGCCAUCAACCACAUGAAGAAGCUGCAGCUGGCCCACUCAGAGCUGGUCAUGAGACAGGGCAGCAUCCCAGACAUCAAGGUCAUCGACUUGUCCUCCCCACCAAAGAACAGCAAACGUCUCGACCCGGACAAGCUCGACCACAAGGCGGUGGAGGUCAAAGGGAACGUAAACGGGACGAAUCACAUGUCCCUGCCCACGAGCCAAGUUGAGCUGAAGAGCCAUUACCACCCACUGAAAGCAAGUCAGAGCCAGGGUGCCGCUCACCACGCGCCCACCAUAGCUGAGCAGGGCAAGCAUGUCUACCACUCCGAGCCUGCCAACCUUAACGGGUAUGGUAAGAACCGCAAUGGCAAGACUGUGCAGACCGGAGUUUGUUCAGUCAUGUGAAGGCUGCGUGAAGUUUACAUGGACAAAAAGCAUUUUACUUGGUCAGUGUUGUGCUGUGCUGACUCAGCAUGCAGCUGUUUUGUGUCUGCAGCUCCCCCUGGUACUGAGAGUUGAGAAUGAGAAGUGGUUGAUCCUCAGACCGACCUGAAGAGGUCUGUGACUGUCCACACAGUCUGUGGGACAAUUUUAUUUUGGAAAGAGUGCCUACGAAGCUUCCCGACAAACACACAGAAGCACACAACCACACACACACACACACACACAAAGUCACACAUUCAAAUACACAGGGUAUACUGCAGUCAAACAGGACAUUUCAGACAGUAUUCAGAGGAUUGUCUCUCAGAGGACGGGAUGUGAUGGCUUCACUCCCUGCUGGGCUCCACUUGAACGUUGGUCCCUGACCUCUGAUGUCAUGAAGGCUCAUUUCACACUUCCUGACUCUUGAUCAGGUUGAGUUUGAUUCAUCAGAGCACUUAGUGUCCAGGUUUAUAGAGCUGUGGUGACAUGUCAUUAAAUGAAAUAUUCACAAUGCAAUAAGACAAACUAUUGUUGUUAAUCAUGUGCAAAGCGUUAUCCUAUAGCCAACCUGCAUUUGUAAGCACUUUAGGAUAUUUAGGAAAAACUGCAUGCUUACUGCUUCAGAUAAGCCAUACUGGUCAAAUUUAUUCUUGUAAAGUUGUGUUUUGUUUUUUCUAAAUUAUUUGCUUCCUUUUUUAAAAAAAGAAUAAACAUAACAGAAAAAAAGAGCUACACAGAAAUGAGUCGAUGAAAAAAUAUAUAACUGACAAAUAAUUAACAGUGUAAAUGCCACAAGUAUAUCCCUAACUUGCCAACUCAUAGCGCUCAUUUACCAUCAAUGUGCUAGAAUGAAAAAUGUCAUUUACAUUCACUGUAAUAGAUGUUUCUUCACUGACUGUAAGUGCUCCAUACUUGACAGUCUGCUUUUUGUCUCUACAGUUGUA